UCCUUUUUAAACAAGAUGUUAAAGAAAAGGAGAACCUCAAUUUCAGCAUAUUGGCGGCUGCGACUAUUGCUUCCCACCGACCACGUUAGCCACCUCGCCAAUCUCUCACGCUCACUAUUUGCACAUUCCCGCUGCCCCAUCUCCCCGAUCUUUGAAUCCUUCAGAAACUUCGUGACUGUUCAAAAUCCAAGAUGUUAAAACACCACCAAACCUCACCUCGUAUGGCCUCCCAUGCCCUUUUUUCUCUUUGGGGUUCUCACCAAUCCUUCAAUUUAUCAUCGGAGCCUCAUCCUUCUUCACCCCUUCCAAUUUCAUCCACCACUAACCCUCUUCCUGAACUAGUCUCUAAAAUCUCUACCAUUCUUUCCAGUCCCAAAUGGGAACACAGUUCGGAGCUUUGCCAUUUAAGUCCCAAACUCAAACCCCAUCACGUUGUGAAUAUCCUCGAAACGCACAAGAAUACGGAUUCAGUCUUGCGCUUCUUUUUCUGGAUUUCGAGGAGGAAAUUUUUCAAACAUGAUAUGAGCUGCUUUGUUUCGAUGCUGAAUAGAUUAGUCCGGGAUCGUCUUUUUGCGCCUGCUGAUCAUGUAAGAAUUUUAAUGAUUAAAUCCUGUAGGAAUGAGGGAGAGGUUAAGAGAGUCACUCAGUUUUUGAGUGAGAUUAAUUCCAAAUAUGAUUUUGGGUAUACUUUGUAUAGUUUUAAUACUCUUUUGAUUCAAUUAGGGAAGUUUGAUAUGGUCGGUUUAGCACGAGAUAUGUAUAUCAAGAUGCUUAACAGUCGGAUUAGGCCUAGUUUAUUGACAUUUAAUACAAUGAUAAAUAUUUUAUGCAAGAAGGGAAGGGUGCAAGAGGCAAAGCUGAUUAUGAGUCAUAUUUUUCGUUAUGAUGCCUAUCCAGAUGCUUUUACAUACACAUCUUUGAUUCUUGGGCAUUGUAGAAAUCAAAAUUUAGAUUUGGCUUUUGCGAUGUUUGACCGAAUGGUGAAAGACGGGUGUGAUCCAAAUUCGGUAACUUAUUCAACCCUUAUCAAUGGACUAUGUAGUGAAGGGAGGUUAGAAGAAGCAAUGGAUAUGCUCGAAGAUAUGGUUGAGAAAGGGAUUGAACCAACAGUAUACACAUACACCAUUCCACUAGUUUCGUUAUGUGAUGCUGGUCGUUCUAGCGAGGCACUAGAGCUUCUAGGAAAGAUGAAAAAGAGAGGCUGUGUUCCAAAUGUUCAAACAUUUACAGCACUAAUCAGUGGUUUAUCACGAGAUGGGAAAUUUGAGAUUGCAAUUGGUCUAUAUCAUAAGAUGUUGGCUGAUGAAUUGGUUCCAACAACUGUCACGUAUAAUGCCUUGAUUAAUCAAUUGUGUGUGGAGGGAAGAUUUGAAACUGCUGUUACCAUCUUCAAGUGGAUGUUGAGUCAUGGCAGCUUGCCAAAUACACAAACAUAUAAUGAGAUAAUUAAAGGCUUUUGCUCAAUGGGUGACAUUCAGAAGGCAAUGGUGAUUUUUGACGAAAUGCUCAAAGCUGGUUCUUCCCCAAAUGUAAUAACUUAUAAUACACUUAUAUACGGAUAUUGCAAGCAGGGAUACCUGAACAAUGCAAUGAGAUUGUUAGAAAUAAUGAAGGGAAAUGGCUUGAAGCCAGAUACUUGGACUUAUACUGAACUUAUUUCAGGGUUUUCUAGAGGGGGAAAAUUGGAACAUGCGACUUCUCUUCUCUAUGGAAUGAUGGAACAUGGUAUUUCUCCAAAUCAUGUUACAUAUACAGCUAUAAUUGAUGGAUAUUUCAAUUUGGGAAAAGUGGAUGAUGCUUUGGCAUUAUUUUGGAAGAUGGUGGAAAGUGGAAAUCUUCCAAGUAGUGAAACCUACAAUGUGAUGAUAAGUGGUUUCUCUAAAACUAAUCGCAUUUCUGAAGCAGAGAAUUUCUGUGGUAAAAUGGUGAAGCAAGGCUUGCUCCCAAAUGUCAUUACCUACACGUCGUUUAUUGAUGGGUUGUGUAGGAAUGGGAGGACAGGUCUUGCAUUCAUGAUUUUCCAUGAAAUGGAGAAAAGAAAUUAUUUUCCAAAUUUAUAUACUUAUAGUUCCCUAAUUUAUGGUUUAUGCCAAGAGGGUAGGGCUGAGGAUGCAGAAAGGUUACUUGAUGAAAUGGAGAAAAAAGGAAUAACCCCUGAUGAGACAACUUUCACUUCUCUUAUGGAUGGUUUUGUUGCACUUGGCAGAAUUGAUCGUGCAUUUCUCCUUUGUCGGCGAAUGAUUGAUGUUGGCUGCAGACCCAAUUAUCGGACCUUUGGUGUAUUGUUGAAGGGAUUGCAAAAGGAAAGCCAAUCGCUUAUGGAAAAAGUUGUAGCCCAGCAUGAAGUCACGUAUACUUGUAGUUCUGAUGAGAAAUGUAUUAGCACAGAUAUAGUGUACAAUCUCCUGGCUAGAUUGACUCACCAUGGAUGUGAGCCUAAUGUCGAUACUUAUACCACUUUAGUGAGAGGCUUGUGUGGUGAAGGCAGAUGCUAUGAGGCUGAUCAACUGGUCGCGAGCAUGAAAAAGCAAGGUUUGCAACCUAGUGAAGAAAUGUAUCGUGCUCUAUUGAUUGGCGAAUGUAAGAACUUGAAAGUGGAAUCUGCUCUUAAGAUUUUUAACUCUAUGGUUACAAUAGGUUUUCAGCUUCACCUAUCGGAUUAUAAGGCUCUUAUAUGUGCGCUUUGCAAAGCAAAUUUCAUACAAGAAGCUCAAUGUAUGUUUCAAACUAUGCUCGAGAAGCAUUGGAAUAGUGAUGAGGUUGCUUGGACAGUGUUACUUGAUGGAUUACUCAAGGAAGGGGAAACCGAUCUAUGUUUGAAGCUUCUUCAUAUCAUGGAAUCUAGAAAUUGCACUCUCAAUUACCAGACAUAUGUUAUGUUGGCCAGAGAACUAUCUGCACUUGAUUGUGCAAUUAAAAUCCCUCAAAUCUCUAAAUAAUUGGGAGUUGUGAAAGAUUAACAGGUGCAGUUAUUUAAGCAAGAAAAAUGUUCUCAAGCUUCUAAUAUAAAAGUGGACCGUGGUCUAAUAGGACCCAAUAUGUCAAUGAAUUUACCGGAUCCAACUUGAAUGCUGUUAUUUAUUAACGUGAAGCAAACCAUUGAUUUUCAUAGAGAUGAUAUUGCUCUAUAAGAAUCUUCUAAAGGUAGAGUUGGUUUCCUCCAUUGUUGUUUAAUCGAGAAGAUAUUAACCAUGAUUCGUACAAAGCUUUUUUCGAUCAUAGAUGCAUUUGACCAAUUCAUCUUGUGAUUUGAUGAAACUCUUUUAAGGUCUUCCCAGAGGCGUCUUAAUGGCAAUAGUAAAGGUUUUGGAUGUUUGUGGGAAGUUUCCAAAGCGUCACGGUUAAAAGGAGGCUUGAUACUGGGUUCAAGCCUCUGGGUAGAAAGAAAACUUGAUGGAUGAAAUUCUAUUUGAUGUGUUUUAGAGCUAGUGUUGUUGGUGCACAGGAAAUCUUCCCGUGGAGUAGUGCAGUGGGUCUUGAUGCCAUAGAUUUUUUUUUUUAAUAACAUAUUCUUUCUAGCAUUGAAAUUCCAUGUGUUCAAUUUUAAGGGAUGGAUAGAUGUUCGGUGUAAAGUUCACUUGUGGAUACUUUGUUUUGUCUACAGGAUUACUAGGCAAACCAUAAUGUCAAUUUGUUUUGUCUUUUUGUCUAAGAGUUAAAUUAUUUUUCGUGCCUCAAUCUUUUUUGGCACUUUUUCAAUAAUGUCCCAUGAGAGAAACGUGAAUAAAUGUAUAUGUUAGAUUUACAAAUUUUUUGGGUCUAUAUUUGACUCGAGUGUAAUUAGUUAAUUGAUAUAUCAUUUCAAAUAC